AUGUCAUUGCUAGUUGCUCACCCUGAUGCCCUGUUUCGUGAUUAUGUAUGUGCUGGCAUGUUUAACGGCUUCUCGAUUGGUCACACCACUCCUCUGGUAUCAUGCAUUCAAUCUGUCAAUCAUCCGUCUAGUCUCUGCAAUAAACAAUUUGUCACCCUGUACCUACAGUCUUGUUGCGAUGCUGGGGAAACAGCUGGUCCGUUUGCUGAGCCGCCAUAUCAGCUGUUUCAAACCUCGGGUUUGGGCCUGAUCCCAAAAUCCAAUGGCAAAUUUCGCCUCAUCCAUGACCUAUCCUCCCCCACUGGCCGCAGUGUCAAUGAUGGUAUUUCCCGGGAGUCAUUCAGCUUGGAGUAUGACACUGUCGAUUCGGCUAUCUCCUAUAUCAUGAAGUUAGGCCGUGGUUGCUACCUGACCAAAGUGGACAUUCGAAACGCCUUCCGAUUAUGCCCUGUUGCCCCCUCUGACUGGCACUUGUUGGGUAUCUCUUGGGAUGGUCGUUACUAUUUCGAAAAAGUCCUCCCGUUCGGCCUUCGGUCAGCUCCGUACAUAUUUGACAAGUUUGCAUCUGCCCUUCAUUGGGUUCUGGAGGACACAUGCCGCCUUCCCCAUCUCAUUCAUUAUCUAGAUGACUUCCUGAAUGUAUCGCCUCCCAGUCUUCCUCUUGCCCAGCACCAGAAGUUACUACUGCUGGACCUGUUUGCAUAUUUACAGGUCCCAGUUGCACCUGAGAAGGUUGACGGCCCCUCUACGGUUCUCACCUUCCUGGGCUUAGAGCUGGACACAAUGGCUCUGGAGAUCCGCCUUCCACCCUCAAAGCUGACUAAGCUAUCUACCACCGUGUCGGCCCUCGUCCAAUCCGGCCGGGUUCAGAAACGCGACCUCGCCUCCGUAUUGGGCAAACUCUCGUUCGCGUCCAGAGCUGUACCAGCUGGUCGCACAUUCCUGAGACGCCUGUACGACCUGGACAGAGCAACUCGAUCAACACCAUUGCACCAAUGGCUACGCAUUUCGGCAUCGGCAAUGGCAGACCUGUUGUGGUGGGCAGAGGCCCUGACCAUAUGGAAUGGGAAGUCAUUCUUCCUGGUGGAUGAGUGGACGCCAGCCCCCGACAUGCAACUACAGACUGAUGCCAGCGGCACUCACGGUUAUGGUGCCUUCUACAACGGCCGGUGGCUGAGAGGAGAGUGGACAGCCCAGAACGAGAACGAGAACAUUGAGUUCAAAGAAAUGUAUGCUAUCAUAGUUGCCUGCGCGACCUGGGGUUCGGAGUGGAGCAGGCGACGCAUUCAGUUUCAGUGUGACAACAAGGCCGUGGUGGACUGUAUACGCUCCGGUACCUGCCGUUCACCGCCAGUCAUGACACUUAUCCGGGCAUUGUAUCUGCUGUGUAUUGAGCAUGACUUCUUGGUGUCAGCUGUCCACAUUCCUGGUGUCACUAACACUGUCGCCGAUGCAUUGUCUCGCAAUUUGCUGCAGGUAUUCAGGCACCAGGCCCCGGAAGCAGCAGCCGAGCCAGAUCAGCCAGUCUUGCCAACUCUCCGUUGA